UAAACAAAUCAAUUUCAAUGAUGUAUAUCUAAAUAAAUUGUGUAUUUUAAUGAGUGAACUUUGUUUCAUCUUCAUAAAAUUUAGUUAAUGAAUUAGUUAAAAAGAAUUCAAUUUGUUUAUUAUUUUUAAAUUGAUGUAAAUAUGAGUGAUAAAGAUAAACCAUGGACAGCGGAUGAUAUUCGAUUGAAUGCCACCAAUUGGUCAUUGCAAUGUGAUGGAAAACUGUUGGAGUAUAUGCAGAAUUUAUCAAAGACCAUUCAAGAUCGAGGAAAUCGUACAACAUACAAUUUACAUACAUCAAUGUUGGAACUUGAUCGCACCAAAAUUACCUUAGAGAAUGCAACGAAUCAGCUGAUGGCAUUGCAACACAAACAGUUUAUUGAGAAUCGAGUUUAUGAUGAUGAUGAAACCAUCGCAAGUAUUGAGAAUGUUCCCACCACCGAUUCACAACAUAUUGAUGAGCCAAAACCGUCUGUGAUUGAAGCCCUACAAAAUGCUAUCGACACCGGAAUGCAAAUGGUUGAUAAAUAUUUCGAUAAGGUGACCUUUGAAUUGAGCGAUUCAGAUGAUGAUGAUGAUGGAGAAGUACAAAACAGCAUUGUUUUCCGACCAAAAAAUCUCUAUGAGCAUCGACCCUUGCCUUAUCUAAUCGGAUCGAAGGAAUGGCACGAAAAAUGGCAUAUCGGAUUGAUCGAUGAGGAAAGUGACGGUUCGGAUAAUGAGAGUUCAGUUUCGCUAUCGUCAUCAUCAGCUGAAUCAAUAUCGAGUAAUGUUCCAGUUUCACUGUCAGAAGCAGACAAUCCGAACGUUGUUCCAUCCAAAAAAUUGGCCGAUGUAAAAUUAUCAGAUAGUCAAGAUUUGUUCCACAGUUCAUCUGAUGAAAAUCUAUCUCGAUCGCUGCAUGAAUCAAUUGAAAAUAGCACAGCAUAUCACAAACAAAGUUUCGAAACAUCGAAAAUCGCACCAAAUGUCAAACCGGCCGAUUCAAAUGAAAUUAAAACGAAUAAUUCAAUAUUUAUGCCACAAAAACCGAUCGCAACCAGCCAUACCAUUCCAACGUUGAUCGAUUCGGAUCCACCUGAACUCGACGAUGUGCCCACGAUUAAAAAUGUUCAAAAGCCAGCAAAUCUAUUUUUAGACGAUGAAAAUGAUGUGGAUGACUAUAAUAUUUUCAAUGAUAAAAAUGCCAAGGGUGCCACGCAAAAAGAAAUUAAUCAAAAAGCUGUAACUACUCCAGGCCAAACAAAAUCGAUAAAUUUAUUUGCGGACGAUGAUGACGGUGAGAAUUUUGAUAGUUUUUUGCCAACCAAAACAACGAACAGCAUCUCGGCCACGCCACAAAAAAUGCCAACAAAGUUAACAAAUCUGUUCGAAGACGAUGAUGAUUUUGACGAUGAACUAUUUUUACAGCCGCCAGAGCAAAAAAACGCACAAAAACCACCCACAUCAAUCUUAUCGAAUACACCGAAAAAUAGCGUAUUUUUAUGCAAUCUGUUCAGCGAUGAACCGCCGGAAGAUGAUUUUGAUGUAAUAGCAACAUCAGCACCAAAACCAUCCACUUCCAAAGAUGCUGACCAAAAACCGAAAAUUGUUACAAGCCCCGAAAAGUCCACAAAAGUUUCAAGUGCCGUUGAACCACAACCAAAGAAAUCAACCGAUCUAUUUAGUAACAAAAUUAAUUUGUUCGACGACGAGGAAGAGGAAGAUCCAUUUGAGAAACUGAUUGCGAACAGUAAAAAUGAUAAUACAUCUGAUCAGAAAAAAUCAAGCAAAAUUCUUUUUGAUUCAAAAACCGAUAAAAUUGAUCGAAGUGAAAACGAAGAGGAAGCGACCACCACAAUUCAAUCAAGCAAAAAAUCGGAUAUAUUUAGUCCAGUUAAUUUGUUUAACGACGACACUCUUGAUGAUGAUGACCUUUUUGCAAAUAUCACAUCGCCAAAAGAUGGAUCUAAAGAAAAAACUGGCGAUAUUUCGAAGCAAAACACGGGAGAAUUCUAUAAUGACUUUUCCGACACAGUUACGAUACCAAAAUUGUCAAAAGAAAACGAAGAAAAUACACAACAUUCCGAAAAAAAAUUAACCAGUCCAAGUGAACCAAAGAAGGCUGCAAUUAGUGAAAUUGAUGGAUCGACCAGUGGCAAAGUAUCGUCGGGAUUGUUGAAAAAAAUCGACGUAUUUUCCAAUUCGGUUUCGAAUGUUAAAAAGGAAGAAACUACAACCGCUGCACGUCAACCGAAAAAACUGAACAUCACGCACAUGGAUAUAAAUGUAAAUGCUUUAUUACCUGGCGCCAAGCGCACUCAACCUUCCAAGAAAAGUGAUGACUUGAAUAAGGAGGAUGCGAACACUGAUGUCUCCGACACAACUAUAACCAGUCCAGUUAACAAAGUCGUGAAUGAGGAUAAUAUUGAUGGUUCGGGGCGUUUGGUCAAUUUAAAUCGAAAUCGACCAAAGAAUCUCUCAAGGCGCCCAUCGACACGGGCCGGCCGAAAGCAACAAUAUCAAAAGUCGCUGGAAGACGAGAAUCAUUCACAUAAAUCAACUGAGUCUACCGAUUAUGUCGACAACAUACCCGAAAUUAAAGAUAGCAUUCCAGUAGCACAAAAUCCUAUUCGAAUGAUUGCAGAUGGUUCAAGGUCAAGAACCGCUUCGGUUGAAGACGAACUAUUUGAAACUAAUUUAAUGCCGGAAGAUAAUGUAGUUGCACCAAAUGAACAAAGUGCAUUGAAUGAAUCAGAUUUUAUCGAAAAGAAACUCGUCGAACACGUGGAACCCGUCGAGCAAUCAAUGGCUCCAGAAAAUGAGAACUCAUUCUCGUUUCUCGAUGAAGAAGAAAACGAUGAUUUCUUGGACUUUCAGUCACCGGUUUCGCCCAAACUUAUCAAUGAGAACAAUGCUCCAUUUGUCAAAGCCACACCAGCAUAUAUUGAUGAAUUACCACCCGAUCUUGAUUUCGCUGAAGAAACGUCGCAAAACAAUAAAAGCAACAAUGCAACAUCAUACCUAUCGGAGAAUGCACUCAGUUUGUUCGAUGAUGAUGACGAAGAUGAUUAUAAUGAUGGAAUUUUCAGUACGGAGACUCCAAAACAAACUCCAUCUGAUGCAGCAACAAAAUUGAAAGAUGACUGGUCACCCGAUCUACCGAAUUCCAAUGUUCCAACACCAUCGAAUGUGAAAAAGUUGGCCGAUAAUGACGACAGUUUAGUCGAAGAUGAUCUUUUUGAUAGUCCAAUUACUACGGUGAUAAAAAACGAAUCGAACAAAAAACAACAACCAACCAAAACACUGUCAUCAAGUUCGGUGACAAAGCAAAAUCUUUUCGGCGACAAUGAUGACGAUGAUGAUCUAUUUGGUGGUCCACCUGCAAUCAUCGAACAGGUGAAAAAAGUUCAAUCGAAAAAACCGGCGUCAAAAAUAUUUAGCGAUGAUUCUUCCGAUGAUGAUUUAUUCGGUGGUAAAAUUAUCAAGAAAAGUCAGUCAAAACCACCGACCGUCACCGCGACAACAUCAAUGAAAACUCCCAAAAAUAACAAAGGUAACGAAAAAUUGUUCAGUGAUUCAGAAGACGAUGAUGAUGAUUUGUUUGGCACAAAGGUUAAACCAAAAGAUAAAAGUAAAAAAAUGCAACCAUCCGCCUCAUCGAAACCAGUAAAGGAGGACACACAAAAACCGGUAAAACUAUUAACGACCAGCACCGUUGAGAAUGAUCCGUUGGCCGAUUUGUUGAAGUAAAUUUUUAAUGUCAGUUUAUUCAAUUAUAGAGUGUUAUUGUGCACUUUAAACGCAAUGUGCCUUUUAACCCACAAUGAAAAUCCUUGUGAAAUUCAAUAAAGAAAUAAAAUACCAGCAUUUUUAUAAA